AUGCUUUUUGGAUUUUCGGGUUUUUAUAGACAAGUUCGGAUUAAUGUGCUCAUCGAUGGAAAACUUCACUUCUUUUGCGGAAAAGGGCAGACGCAGACAGAUCUGCAGGCGAUAGGUUCCAUUACCAUAGAUAUUGAAGAGCCAUCGCUAAGUGUUAUAAGCUUGCCAGCGAAACUUGAGAAAAGUUUAAAGGUUCUAGGAGAACUUUACGGAGUUUUAUGUGUUUGCGCUAUACACGGUGGAAAGCUCAGAGUGUGGAAGCGAGACGAAGCUGGUGAAAAGUGGAGAUUGUUUCUAGAUCAAGCUUGUCCAGAUGCAAAUUCCUGGGAUUGCAUCUCUGUGGCCUUGGAUACCAUUGUGUUGACUAAGGAAAGUUGUGUGUGUCUCUAUAAGUUCGAUACAGGUUUUCACCAGUGCAAUAUCCCAGGGUGUAGAGACGUCUUCUCAUACCCCCAGAGUCUCUUCCUCAGCCGUGAAGAAGGCUGCUGUGACCAAGUGAGUACUGUUUGA